CAUACUCACCCACUCCCUGCAGCCUUCAUCCUUUGCUCGAAAUUCCUUGCCUCUCCAUCUUUAGCUCUUGUUAUCUUAACUCGUCCGUUAAACCUUCUCUCAUCAUGGCUCCUUACAAUCUUCGGUGGGGUAUUAUGGCCACCGGGUGGAUAGCCGACGUCUUUGUGCGGGACCUUCUCAGGGAUCCCAAUGAGCGUGGCGCAUCUGACGUCUCCCACUGCAUUGUGGCAGUAGCAUCGUCUUCAUCUCAGGCUCGAUCUGAGAAGUUCAUCUCCGACACGGGCAUCCCCGCCCCCUGCGCAGCCUACAGCUCCUAUGAGCAGCUGGUGGCGGAUGCCAACGUGGACGUAGUCUAUGUCGCGACUCCCCACUCCCACCACUUUCAGAACGUCAUGCUGGCCCUGGAGGCUGGGAGGAACGUUCUGUGUGAAAAGGCCUUCACGGUCAAUGCGUCCCAGGCGAAGAUCCUGUGCGAGACAGCCCAGAAGAAGAACUUGUUUCUUAUGGAGGCCGUUUGGACGCGGUACUUCCCGCUCAGUGUGCAGGUUCGAGAAUUGAUCAAGCAGGGUGCCAUCGGCGAGGUUCUCCGGGUGAUCGCCGACAACAGCUUUGGCGAUCCCGUUGAAGAGCGAUGGGGCACGGAACAUCGUAUGGUCAAUAAGGAUUUGGCCGGUGGAUGUCUGUUGGAUUUGGGAAUUUAUUCUUUGACCUGGGUCUUCCAGACCUUAUAUCACACCCUGCCACGCGAUCAGCGCAAACCACCUUCGGCCGUCUCGGCUCACAUGGCGCUCUACCACCUGACUGGGGCCGACGAAGCGACAACUAUCCUCCUCAGCUUUCCCACCAGUACACCGUCCAAUCUACCUCACCCGGGCCAGUCCCACGCCGUGGCCAUGACUAAUCUGCGUGUCGCUACCGACCCCGACGAGGCUAACACUGCCCGCCCAGCCAUUCGCAUUCAAGGCACCAAGGGUGAGAUCCAGGUAGACGGACCGGCAUUUCGUCCGGAACGAUACCGUAUCAUUCCCAAGAAAGGGGAAGGCGAGUUCCGGGAGGUUGAGUGCCCGUUCCCUGGAAACGGAAAGGGCAUGUUCUGGGAAGCAGAUGAGGUUGCGCGCUGCUUACGGGAUGGGAAACUGGAAAGUGAUACUCUGCCGUGGGAGGAGAGUAUCGUCAUCAUGGAAGUGAUGGAUGAGGUUCGACGCCAGGGCGGGCUGACUUAUCCGGACAAGAUCGAGUCCACUGUCUAUCCUACAGAGCUGUAGAACUACGGUCAGGGCAUGAUGGAGAUGUUCGCGAAUUCUAUAGGGCCUUUAGAGUGCGCUGCCAUUCAAAUAAGUAGUACUGUACAUAACAAAUCCUCACCCGAAG